AUCAUCAUCCUCCGAUACUCUUAGAGUCAGACGUCAGAUAUUUUCUCAAUAUAACUGGAGUAGAAGCGGAUUUACUCUCAUCAGAUUGGAGCUGUUGUUUCCAAAUCAGAAGCGUCACACAGCCAAGAUGAAACUAAAAGAGAAGGCGCUCAUUGUCCUGCUGUGUGUGACUGCUAUCUGUGUGUCAUGGAGAGGAUAUAGGCCAUGCUCCCUGCCUCAGGACAAAAGCCCCUGUGCUUGUGAGCGAUGUUUAUCUGAAGAUGAUCUGUGGUUUAUGAAGCGUUUCAACAAAUCUGUUGAACCAUUUUUGUCAGCAAACUACAAUCUCUCAGAGGACGUUUUCAACUGGUGGAAGCGCUUACAGAGUGAAAAGGGCAACUUCAGUACCUUCAGACAAACAGUGGACAGGCUGUUUCUGACGGUCCCACCCAGUCCAGAUCUUCUAGAAUCCAGCCCUGACCGCUGCAGGACUUGUGCUGUGGUGGGGAAUUCUGUGAAUUUGAGGAGAUCACAUUAUGGACCGCUCAUAGAUUUCCACGAUGUCAUCAUACGAGUGAAUACUGGUCGAAUCAAAGGCUAUGAAGCAGAUGUUGGGACCAGAACAACUCAUCGUGUCAUGUAUCCAGAGAGUUCUAUGGAUUUAGAUAACACCACUCAUCUUGUGCUGGCUCCAUUUAAGACAGUUGAUUUUGAAUGGCUCACAAAGGCCCUCACCACAGGAUUCAACGGACGACCACGUUGGGGUUUUAAAUCAAAAAUCAAAGCUAACAAUGAUUUGGUGAUGGUCCUUAAUCCAGCUUUUAUGAGGUAUGUUCAUGACAUGUGGCUGGAAAAGAAGGGCAAGUACCCCUCCACCGGCUUUCUGGCUUUGAUUCUUGCCCUUCAUAUGUGUGACGAGGUCAGUGUGUUUGGUUAUGGAGCAGACAGUGACGGAAACUGGAGUCAUUACUGGGAAAAACUAAACAACAAAAGGUUAAAAACUGGACCACAUCCUGGAGAUACAGAGUAUAGAAUGAUCCAGGAGCUAGAUGAUCUACAGGAACUCAGGUUUUAUACAGGGUUCUGA